AUGAAGUGUAUUUUAUUACCUGAUCGAAAGAUUAUAGCACUUAAUACAUUUUACUACAUAUGUGCAUAUUCCAAUAAGACAAUUAUAGAAAGGGAGUUGUUUUUAGAAACUCUAAACGAAAUCAAAUCAUGCAGUAAUGGAUUUGUGCUUGAUAGCAAAGCUCCAUGCCCUGGACACGUAGAAGUUCGUAAUACUGAUAAUUUUCUGACAAAUCUCAAUUCCAUUGAACUGGUCUGGGAUGGUUUCGUAGACGACAUAGAUGCUCCAAAUCUCAGCUAUGUAGACAGCAUACGAACUUACAGUUAUGCUAUUGGAAGUCGCCCACAUGGGGAAGACAUAAAGACUUUUACGAAAGUUGGACUCAGGACAAGUGUGGUUAUCAAUGGCAUAAACUUACCUGAUGGAUCAGUUAUCUACUUCACUGUCAGAGCCAGAGACCACGCUGGCAACUCUGCAACAUCAGUAUCAAAUGAAUAUAUUGUUGACAUUUCAUCUCCUACACGCGGCCAGGUACAAGCUGUGAGUUACGAUUUGUACAAUGGCAAUAUUUUGUACGUAUCCAAAGAUGAGAUAGCAGUUCAUUUAUCAGACUUUAAGGACGACGAAAGCGGCAUAGAUUAUUUCGAACUUUGGCUUGGAUCUAAACCUUACCUUAUGGACAUCCUGCCAAAAUCUAUUUACCAUGAUGUGAUAAUUGAUCUAAAUUUGAUCGGUACAGACAUAACAGAUGGACACAUAUACUAUAUAGCUGCAAAGGCUGUCAACAGAGCUGGACUUGCAUCUGAAAUUGCAACAUUGAAGUUCAUUGCUGACAAGACAACUCCGACUGGUGGGCAUGUCUUGGAUGGACUUUGGGAAAAUGAGAAAGAUGAUGACUAUCAAACAGAUCUUAGUCAUAUCAGUGCGCACUGGAAGGGUUUUAUUGAUUCCCACACUGGAAUAGCUUACUAUCGAAUCGGGCUUGGCACAAAGGCUUACUUAGAUGACAUUGAACCAUUUGUUGAUGUUGGAUUAGUAGAGGAUAUCUCUUGGCAUUCUCAAUUCAUUACUGGACAGAAGUAUUAUGCAACAGUUGAAGCAUGUAAUUAUGCCGGUCUCUGUGUAACCCGUGCAUCUGAUGGCAUAGUUAUUGACAAUUCGCCGCCGAUACAAGGCCUCGUUCAGAUCGGAUCAGACGAAUUUCAUCGGAAAUUCCAAUCACAUACGUCCUCUGUACAUGUCAGAUGGGCAGGUUUUGAUGACCCACAAUCUGGCAUUGAUCGCUAUGAGAUGUGUAUUGGAACCAAACCAGGCAACUGUGACAUUUCACCAAACAUGAACUGUUUAUUACAGUCUAAUGUUAUUAAAACCGGUCUAAACCUUCCUACGCAAACUGAUUUGUAUGCAACAGUCACUGCUUACAAUAAAGUUCGUUUGAAUAUCAGACAAACAUCUGAUAGCUUUUAUGUCGAUGCAACACCACCUAUUACGACAAUCAAACCAACGUUCGUGCUUGAAAACAACAACAUUGCCGGAAAGGAAGGACAAUGGGAUAAAUCACUUAUUAAAAUAUAUUGGAAAUUUGAUGAUGAUGAAAGUCCAAUUGCAUAUCAUGAUGUCACACUUAAGACACAUCACGAAGGACACACCCCAGUGGAGCAUGUAAAACUUGGACCAGAAAGUGAAUUAACCAUAAAUCUAGAUGGCAAAUCGUGGCUUCAUAACGGUGAUACGUAUUUUGCUACCAUUACAAGUUGCAAUCUAGCUGGCCUGUGUUCUUCUGAGAAAAGUGAUGACCUCAAAAUUGAUUCAUCUCCGCCACACCUUGGCGGUUUUAAACCACCAAUGGUAUGGGAAAACUUAAAUAGCUCUUUUGGAGAAUGGAGAUCAAACAUAACACUAUUAUGGUAUGGAUUCCACGACCAGGAAUCUGGUAUUGUAAGGUAUUUUAUCACAGUUAGUAAAACAUACAGUGGCCAAGAACUGACCAACGGCUUAUCUACCGUUAACGUUGAUGGUUCUGAAAUUGAAAACAAACAUUCCUUUCUUCUAAACAAAAAUUUAGAAAGAGAUGAUAUACUCUUUUUGACAAUAUGGGCAGAAAACUCUGUUGGUUUGAACAGUUCAUUAGCACGCGUUUCGGUAACCGUUCUAUCUUCAUCAAGUUCAUUAGAUACUGCUUACCUGAAAGGAUCACUUGAACUGGAAAAACAUUCAUGUGAUAUUCAGUACUGCAAUAAAGAUUGCACUUGUGCAGUAGUUGGUCAACCGUGUGUGGAAGCUAAAACUAGUUUUAGUUGUAAAGAAGUAAAUAGGUCUGUUUCCAGUCAUUUUAUUCCUCACAUUGACGUGUUUAAUGGAAUGAAUGAAAUGUCUCCUAAUAUAACUGCGUCCUCUGCUUGUUUAGCUGGGAGUUGGAGAGUAAAUGACGAAAUUGGUAGCAAAAACAUAACACGUUUUGAAUGGAGUAUGGGUUUACAAGACCAGCCCGUUGGAGAAGGGAUAUUUGACUUGAAAAACGAAAGGCCUUGGAACGAUGUCGGUUUGCAAACGCUUGUUGUAUAUUGUCUCCCUGUAAACAAAACUCUUAUUGCACGGGAAAAGUACGUUAUUUAUAUAAGAGCUUGGUUUUCAAGAAGUGCAUAUGCCAUUUAUCGAUCGGCUCCGAUCACAGUUGACCAAACGGCGCCAGCAAUAAGUCGGGGUCGAUCUGUAAUUGACUCUAAUGAAUUAUGCAAUGCCGAUUUUGACGUAAUAGAUUGGAUGGAUAAAAUUACUGCAUGUUGGGCUGGCGUCUUCCUUGAACGGCAAGGGCGUGUCAUAUAUUACGUUAUAUCAUUAGGAACAUACCCUUUUGGAGAUGAUACAUUUAGUCGGAAAAACGUUGGAUUGACUACCAGUAUUACUUUGGCAAAUAUUUCAUUGUCGCACGGUACAAAAUACUUUUUCUCCGUCACGGCAUACAAUACCGUAGGUUUGCAUACGUCUGCUUUAUCGGAUGGUUUCGUAAUUGACAUGGACGUUCCUGUUGCGGGCGUCGUUUACAACACACGGAAUUAUAGAAACACUGCCUAUCAGUCGUCGGCUUCAUCAAUCGGUAUAUCAUGGCAUGGAUUUCAGGAUGCGUUUUCUGGGAUACAAAAUUAUUAUGCAGCUAUAUCGCAUAUGCCAUAUGCAAACCAAAGUAAUACCACCACGAACACAGGCCUCAGAACAAAUUUUGUAUUUCAAAAUUUAGCAUUAGAAAACGGGGAAACCUACUACGGUCUUGUUAAAGCUGUUGAUAAAGUUGGACAUGUAAGUACAGUAGCUGUUUCGAAAGGUAUAACGAUUGAUACCACUCCGCCUGUUGGAUGCAGAUGUGAGAAGUAUUUGGAAAUUGGAAAAAUAUCUAAAGUCAUGGGUGGAUAUGGCGAAACAGCAAUAAAUCUACAGUAUACUUCUUCUUUGCAAAAGUUAUAUAAGAUAACUGGAAAUAUGCGUACCAUUGAUGACUAUCAAAUGAAAAUUAAAUUAAGUAUAGGCCGAAUGUACAUGUAUCUUCCUUCUGUAAAAGAUCAUAAUCAGGGUUACAAUUUUGAACAUAGUUUCUUCGCUCAAAAUGCCGGACUUCAUAACAUAUCAUUAGAAUUAGAAAAUGAUGAUCAAAGAAAUAUAACGGUGAACAUGAAAUUGUUUAAGUGCAGUCAGAUUAUCGAAGACAGCAACAAAGCUUUACAACUGACACAGAUAUCCCGUUUCAUGAUAGCGGUACACUUGCUUGUAAAGGAUGAAGACAGCUCUCUGCGCAAGAUUGAGUUAGGUGCUGGAACAACUGUCGAUGGAUUUCAGAUCAAAUCGCUGUCACAUUACUACCACUUUAAUAACAAACAUCUGAUUUAUACCAACGUUCCUCAUGGAACCCAAGUGUUUGUCACCGCAAUAGCAGAAAACAACGCAGGACUUAGAUCAUUGUUUCGCUCAGGUCCUAUCACUAUUGACCACACUUCCCCUGUCGUCAACAAACUAGUUGGCCGUCUUCAGAAUGUACAAGUUAAUAUAUCAGGCUUCCUUCAAGUACAUACAAUUGUACAGGCUACAUGGGAUGUUAUUGACGAAGAAAGUAGAAUUAAACAAUGCUAUUGUUCUAUAGGCAAUAAACCAGGGUUGUUUGAUAUGCAUUCAGUCUGGAUCGCACAGUCGCUGACAUCUUGUGAAUCGAGCGAAAUUCAGCUUUCUCAUGGACAACACAUAUAUCUUAAUCUCAAAUGUGCAAAUAACAUAGAACUGUCAACAAUGAUAUUUACGGAGCCUCUAGUAGCCUCAAUCGAGAAACCAGACACAUAUUCUGCAGUAUUGGCUUUUGUGCCACAAAAUGAAGAGUCUUCAGAAUAUAUGUCUCGAGUUGGAUCACAUUUUCCCAUACAAUCAAAUCAUACAUGUCUAGAGUUGAAAUGGGUUGGCUUUGAAGACCUUUCUGGCAUUGAUUAUUACGAGUAUCGGCUUACUCAAAAUGGACAAGCGUUUUUUACUGACUGGACUAAAACUGACAGAAAUUUUGUACAAGUCGCUGACGUUGAUAUGGAGAGUGGAGAAAUCACUGCAGAAGUCAGGGCUAUUAAUGCCGGCUCUUUUAUCAGUGACGCUGUGACUGCUUCACUUUUGGUAGCCAGGCACGCACCCAGAUUAACAGGACUCACAGCAACGAUAUCAAGAAGAGGCAAUUCGUUGAACGUAAACUGGGCCGACGUUUUCCAAACCAUUGAAGGCAUCCCGUUGUCGUACAGUCUGAUAAUAGGUUCGAGGAGAGGAUACACAGAUAUUCUGGAUAUGAAUUACAUCACUAGUACGAAAUAUGAUGUAUUCAUACCUGAUUCAACGAUAAUUACACCAAACCUGAAAGAAGUCUUUGUCCGGAUCGUCUGUAUCUACGCGACUGGACUGCGCACAAUUUAUGAUACUACUUACAACUUGUGAAGAUGUAAUUCAUAUGAAACAUUUCAAUAUAUCAUAUUUCGAAAUUAGUAAGAAGAUGAUAUACAAUUUUAUUGGAUACUAAUAUACACUUUGGAUCAUUGAACUUUGUACAUAUAUUUUUUAUCUGUUUAUCUUUUAAUUUCAUGUACAUACAUGUAUCUUUCAAUACCUGUGUGUAUACAGAAUUGUAAAUAAAUAUUUUGUACGCCCGUAUUGGAAACAAUGGACAGCGAGCGUCUUUCUGUCUGUUUAUCUGUCGUAUUUCUUGUCCAAAGCAUACCUUACUAUUCAAGGUAUUGCUUUUAAAUUGGCAUAUAUACGAAUGACCGGUGGUGACUUCUUCACACUUUACACUUCAAACUUCUCACUUAAAACUUCAGACUUCAUAUUUCAAACUUCAGACUUCAUACUUCACAUUUAAGAUUUCACACUUCAUACUUCUCACUCACACUUCAUUCUUCAUUCUGCAGAUUUCAGACUUCAAACUGCCCACUUUGCACAUCAUGUGACUUGACGUCAUCUGCUUAUUAUGUAUUGGCAUAGAUUUGUACGUCAUUUCUUAUUUGAGUUUUAAGUAUUAUUGUCUGUGUACUUUUUAAAUGUUCUAGGAAAAUAAAUGACUUCCCGAGUUUAGAUUAAAUCACUUGUUGAUAAUUAUUCGAAAAAUAAAGGGAAAUUCACUUGAUUCAAAAUUGAUCACAAAAGAGGGACAGUAAUUUUAAACAGACCUAUAAAGGAAAACCUUUUUAAUAACUGCUUCUCUUACAGUAUAUUAUACUCAGCUAUAUUCAUUCAAAUUAUGUCCCAGCAGUAAAAAGUAACUCAGUCAUAAUCAUUAUACUUCAUUAUGUCCAAUCUCGGUAAUUUCAGGUUGUUUUAGAAAUAGAAAAAGAAAACGCACUUCAAACUUCAGACUUCAGACUUCACAUUUUAAACUUCAGACUUCAGACUUCAAACUUUUGACUUCAGACUACACAUUUAAAACUUCAGAUCUCACACUUCAAACUUGACACUUCACAUUUCAGACCUCGAUUAUUUGUAUGUGUAUUAAGCAUUAUAUAUGAAGUCUGAAGUUGAAGUGUGAAGUAAGAAGUUCGAAGUUACCACCGGUCCUUCGUACAUAUAGGUAGGUAACAAUAAGACAAUAUCCAGAGUGCAUAAAACCAAGUCGGUAGGUCAAAGGUCAAAGUCAGAAGUGAAGCUCAAGAUAAAUGUUUUCCGUCAUAUUUCGUGUACAAAUUUUGAUUUAGUAACCAUUCAAUUUAUUUACAUAUACAAAUGUAUGUACUUUAAUAUUGGCAUAUAGUUAGGUGCCGUUGAGGCGAUGGUCAGAGCACAAGAAUGCAUGAACCAAGUCGGUAGAUCAAAGUUCAAGGUCACAAAAAGGUCAAAUCUAUAUGUCAUCGUUUGUGCCAAGAGCAUAACUUAAUAACCAUUCAAGGUAUUGACUUCAAACUUAGCAUAUAGAUGGCGAUGUGAUAAUAAUGCUGAGCGCGUAAUUUUGGUCGGUAAGUCAAAUGUCAAGGUCACAAAAUGAGGUUCAAAUGUCAAAUCUGUCUUUCUUAUCCGGCGCACAACGUAAAACAUUCUUGAAUGUGAUGACUUUUAACUUGCAAUAUAGAUGGGUGGUCAUGAGAUGAUUUGAUAAUCGAAGCAAUCCACGUCUUCCCGCUCUUACGCCUACAUUAACCCCAACCCCUUAUUAGCUCACCUGAGCCAAAGGCUCAUGGUGAGUUUUUGUGACCGCUCAAUGUCCGUCGUGUGUUGUCAGUCGCCCGUCGUGUGUCCGUCAACAUUUUCUAAAAAAUCUUCUUCUUGAAAACCACUGGACAGAAUUACACCUAACUUCACAGGAAAGAUCCUUGGGUUGUCCCCUUUCAAAAUUAUUCAAAGAAUUGAAUUCCAUUUCAAAAGGAAUAAAACUCUUCUUGUCCAAAACUGCAAGGCGUAGAGCCUUGAUAUUUGACAUGUGACGUUAUUUAAUGGUCCUCUAUGAAGAUUGUUCAAAUUGUGCCCCUAGGGUGAAAAGAGGACCCGCCCCUGGGGUCCCAAGUUUUACAUAGACUUGUAUAGGAAAAAUCUUUGAAAAUCUUCUUGUCUGAAACCGCAAGACGUAUGCCUUUGAUAUUUAGUAUGAAGCAUGCUUUGUGGUUUUCUACCAAGAUUGUUCAAAUUAUGCCCCUGGGGUGAAAAGAGGCCCUGCCACAGGGUUCUCAAGUUUUACAUAGACUUACAUAGGAAAAAACUUUAAAAAUCGUCUUGCCUGAAACUGCACGGCCUAGGCUUUGAUAUUUGGUAAGCUUCGUUUCCUUGUGGUUCUCUACCAAAAUUAUUCAAAUUAUGCCCCUGGGGUGAAAACAGGCCCUGCCCUGGGGGUCCCAAAUUUAACAUAGACUUAUAUAGGGAAAAUGAAAAUCUUUUUUUCUGAAAGUUUAAGGCCUAGGCCUUUGAUAUUUGGUAUGUAGCGUUGCCUAGUGGAUAUCUAGCAAGAUUGUUCAAAUUAUGCCCCUUGGGUGAAAAGAGGCCCCGCCCUGGGGGUCACUUUUUAUAUGAGUUAUAUAGGAAUAAAUACUUCAAAAAUUAUCAGAUCAUAUUUCCUAGACUGUUUAAUUAUAAUUACCUGAUGACCCCAAGCGAUUAGGAGUCACUUGACUAUGAUCUUGACCUACUGACCUACUUUAUUGUGUUUUAAGAUACAGCCUUGAAAUUCGGAUGACAUUUACAGUUUUGCACACCAAUCUUAAAACUGACUUUCAGUGACCAUGAAUGUGACCUACUGACCUACUUUCUAAUAUUUUAGCGUCAGUUUGCCAUUUGAAACAUGUUACUCAGGUGAGCGAUUCAGGGUCAUCAUGACCCUCUUGUAAAACUACUAAUUUCAGAUUUUUGUGCCUUGAUAUUCCAUUAUCAUCAUCGCAAAAACCACCAGAUCCUACCUUUGCAUAUCCUCUCCGACUUAAACGCGUGAGAAUAUUUUUUCUUUAAAUUCUACUUCCUUCUCCUCUGAUAUAGAACUUCGGCCGUAUAUUGUCCAGCUUUGCUAACAUUUUGUUGUAUUUUGAAUGACAGUUUGCCAUUGUACAUGUUUUAUAAGGUACAAAUGUAUAAUUUCUUCUGUAUUUAACACAAAAUAUUGAUAUAAAGUCAAACUUGUUUAUAAAGACAACUCUAGGGAGAUCCAAAUUGUAGUCUUUAUUCCGAGGUGGUAUUUAUUCACAGGUUAAAAUACACUGUAAAUGUUAAGAUGGGAAACAAAACAUGUGGUUUUAGAUCCAGGUGGUCUCUUUUCAGAGGUGGUCUUUAACACAGGUUUGACUGUACUGUAUAACUAAUUUUCAACACAAGAUACUUUUAAUCAGUGCUUUUAUAUUUUCCGAAGAAGACAAUAAAAUCACAAUGUUUUACGUUAUAGGUUUAUCUUUAUGGAGUUAUAAUUACAGUUAUUUAAAAAUUUUGUUUGAAUUUUACAUUACAAUUGUUGAGAAACUGAGAUUUCGGCCAACAAUAUUCCUACUUGUCAUCAAAUAAAGUUUGAAAAUAAAAAUAUGUGAACAAAUGCACCGGAGUCUGUGCAUGCAUGUAUAAAGGUGCAUUUGCAGUUUGACAUAUAGUUACAAUUAGAAUGUUUUUAUAUUUGUUCAAUAUCGUUUUUGUUUAUAUUGACAGCAUUUAAUGCAAAAUCCGUCGACGACAGAAUGUUGAAAAAAAAACACUUCUUAUGUUUUUACUGAUUUCUUUGUUGUAUGUAUGGAAAAUAAUUUUUUAGUAUUCUGCUUCUUUGCUAUAGGGAUUGAAAUUACUUAUUGCUCUCAGACUGCUUCUUUGCUGCAGAGAUUGGUCUUAUAUAUGUCUCCUCUAUUUUGAUGUAGGGACAUAAAAAGGUGACUUCUUUAAGCGUGCUGUUUUGCCUCUUCAGAACUUUAAAUGGAUGAGUAACACUUAGAUGAAUGUUUGAUUUUCCCAAAAUUAAAAUAAAGACGGUA